CGCGCAUGGACGUAGGUUGUGACGUCGGAGCGUAACCAGGAAGAGAGAGUUGCAGUCGGUCACGACGUUUGGACAACGUGAGUCUCUGCAAACUAGUUUGAGUCCGGUGAAGUCUGUGGCUGCCAGGAAAACAUCAGCAGACCUCACCACAACAAGAGGAGACUCCAGCUCAGUGCUCGUGUCUCCUCUCCUCAGUGCUCAUGGCUCUCAAUAAGUCCAUGCAUCCUCGGAACCGGUACAAAGACAAACCUCCAGACUUUGGUUACCUGGCCUCCAAAUAUCCAGACUUCCAGCAGCAUGUGCACACCAGCCUCACUGGAAGACCUGUUGUGAAUUUCAAAGAGCCCGAGGCGGUGCGAGCGCUGACCUGCACCCUGCUGAAGGAGGACUUUGGUCUGACCAUCGAGAUCCCUCUGGAGCGCCUCAUACCCACCGUCCCCCUCCGCCUCAACUACAUCCACUGGGUGGAGGACCUCAUCGACGGCCAGAAGCAACCACGCAGGGGCAUCGACAUCGGCACUGGGGCGUCUUGUAUCUACCCCUUGCUGGGUGCCACAAUGAACGGCUGGUACUUUCUCGCCACAGAGGUGGACGACAUCUGUUUUGACUACGCUACGAAAAACGUUGAGCAGAACAGCCUGUCUGACCUGAUUAAAGUUGUCAAAGUCCCUCAGAAGACUUUACUGAUGGACGCCUUGAAAGAAGAGACAGAAAUAGUGUACGACUUCUGCAUGUGCAACCCUCCUUUUUUCGCCAACCAGCUGGAAGCAAAGGGGGUUAACUCCAGGAACUCACGGCGACCUCCUCCCAGUUCGGUGAACACGGGUGGGGUGACGGAGAUCAUGGCGGAGGGCGGGGAACUGGAGUUUGUCAAGAGGAUCAUUCAUGACAGCCUGCAGCUUAAAAAACGCUUGCGGUGGUACAGCUGCAUGUUGGGGAAGAAAUGUAGCCUGGCACCUUUGAAAGAGGAGCUGAGGAAGCAAGGGGUGCCUAAAGUGACGCACACAGAGUUCUGUCAGGGACGGACCAUGCGGUGGGCGCUAGCCUGGAGUUUCUAUGAUGACGUGAUUGUUCCGUCUCCUCCCAGUAAGAAGCGUAAACUGGAGAAGACACGGAAGCCCCUGUCGUUCACACUACCGGAGGCGGGACUGAAGGAGCUCCAAGCCAAGGCCUUGACUUUAGGCCAGACUGCCCAUGGUCCUGUGGACAGCAUCGCUGCUCUGCUGGAGAAAACACUCACUGACCUGCGGGUGCUGCACAAACGUGUCCCAUGCAGGAAGCAGGAGCAGAGCCUCUUUCUAACUGCUGUGGAGAACACUUGGAUCCACGGACGACAGAAGCGUCGUGAAGGGGCGCGUCAUUUGCGAGAGCUUCCCAGGGCGCCUCAAGGAGUUGGAACCAGCUCUCAAACCACCGUGGCCACAACCCCAGCAACUCAAAACCAGCCUGCCUCCACGCAGAAGAGCAGCACGCUAGAGGACGGCCAAAACAAAACGACGCCUGCAGAGCAGGUUGGAAACAGCUCAUCUUCAGAUGUGACAAGUAAAGAUGCAACACACAACCCAACUGGUGAACAGAAAGAGGUCUUAGAAAGUGUAUCGGGUGACGAUGUGGACAUGGAGUCCUCUAUCACCACAGAACCAGGGCAGGAAACUGGACCAAAGGAUGAAACUGCUGCUGCUGCAAAUGAGCCGCCCGCUAAGCGACCCCUGAGCCCCGGCACUGUCGAACACUUCCUGUUUAAGUGUCUGCUCAAUGUGAUGCUGGAGGAGGGCGACGCAGUGAUUGAGAUGCACUGGGUCGAGGGUCCGAAUAAAGACCUGAUGAACCAGCUGUGCACUUACCUGAAGAACAUGCUUUUAAAGUCUGUCGCAAAGUCCUAAAUGAAAAACAAAGAACAACAUGUCCUUUUUUCUUUUUUAAAACAGUGUUUUCAGACGUGAAAUGACAAGUAAAACUGUUAUUUUUUUAGAGAUGAUUAUGAAGUGGCUGUUUUGUUUUUGUUCAUAACUACAUACAGCUUUUGAGAAGUUUGGAAAAUGUUCAGUUCACUGUGACUCCUGGAGAUUUAUUCUAGUCAGUAAAUGAGUCUUGUACCUGGCAGUUUACCUUUAAGGUCAAACAUUUAUUGUACAUCAGUAUUUUGUUAAACGUUUACAAUAAAUGUAAAUUUUUCUAACAUCA